ACAAUCAAGGCAGCCAUCUUCAACAUUCUGUCUCAGUUGGGAAAACAUUCGUGCACUAGAUUCUCAAACACACAAACACACACACCACUGUUGCAGGAAGUCAGAUCCAAUCAUGAUUAUACAAGAUUUUUUUUCUGACCAUGUUUCUUUUUUGAAGAUGGUGAUUCAUCACUAUCCUAACAAGUUUUAACAAUGCAUUUUUUUGCUUGAUGCAGGACAAUACAUUGGUCCUUCUGAUACAGAAUACCGUCUUUUCCAUGACCAUUUGACAUGGUGUAUAUACACGAUGCAUCAAAGAACUCUGUUCACUUCAUAAUGGCCUUCUCUUGGCUCACAAUAAAGAUCAACUGAAAUUACUGAGGAAUUUUGAAGUAAUUGCUCUCUGUGGUAGAGCGGCCUUACGGGUUCGCCUUCUGCCCAAAUGAUGGCAAUACUCGCUGAGAUUUAUUUGUGAUUUAUUUUAUUUACAGGGUGCUCAAGUGCAAAGUCCAAAAUAUUUACAACUCCCAGAAAAGAUACGUGGAAAAAUAAAGAAAAUCUGAGGGAAAUAAAGGAAACACACACAAAAAAAGUCCCCUCAACAUAAAUUCGCUGACUUCCGGGUUUACUGCACAUGUGCGGCGCAGCGCUGGCACUUUAAAAACAGCCGCUAUUCAGCGCUUCGUUUGGCUGCUGCCCAAACCCACCCGGAAGACUGACGCAACAAACAGGAGCAUCAUUUGCAGCGGGCAAUCUCCGCUCAUCAGGUGUAUGGAGAGAAGAAGGACAGCAUGGUAAUUCCUGUUCCUGCUGCUGAGAGCAACAUCACUUACUAUGAGAGACUCUAUCCAGCCUUUAGCUUGGACACAGAGCAACCCGAUUAUGACCUGGAUUCAGAAGAUUCAUUACCAGCCUAAGAAAGAAAAUGCAGGUUGGGGGCUCUACAGUUUGAGGAGAUGCUCAAUCGGCUGGAGAAAGGCAGUGGGCAGCAGUUGGUGACUUUGCAAGGGGCAAAACUCCUUCUCAAGCAGGAAGAUGAGUUAAUCAUGGAGGUGUUUGAGUAUUGGAGCAAGAAAAGAAAAUCAUGUCAAAGUGGCUCUCUAAUUCCAUCUGUAAAACAGGAGAAGCGAGAUGGUUCAAGCACCAAUGACCCCUAUGUUGCUUUCAGGCGUAGGACUGAAAAAAUGCAGACCAGGAAGAAUCCAAAAAAUGAUGAGGUUUCAUAUGGGAAGAUGUUAAAGUUGAGAAGAGAUCUAAGUAGAGCCGUUACCAUACUGGAAAUGAUAAAGAGACGAGAGAAGAGCAAGAGAGAAUUGUUGCACCUCACACUGGAGAUCGUGGAGAAGAGGAAUUGUAUAGCUGAUUUUGGGGGUGAGGUUUUGGCAGAGGUUCUGGCACAGCAGGCAUUAGGGAAGACCAUUAUUCCCCUAAUCCCCAUCACCACCAGCAGCCAGUACAGACAUACAGAACAUGACAGUGACUACAAGAACAAGUCACUGUGGAGAGAUCCACCUAUGGAAAGGGCAUCCGUUCCUGACCUCUACAGAAGCAUCCAAUUGCACCAAUCUGGCUUGACAGACAGGAGCGCGUGCCAAAGGCAGGUGGACAAGAAAGAAGUGGUACGUCAGAAGAAGUAUGAGAAAAAGCCGAAAACUAUGCUGCUAUCUGGUCACCCUAUCCCUCCUACAGUCAGCAAUAAAGCCCUUAACCAGUAUGAUUUCCCUAGCUCGGAGGAAGAGCAAUGCUCACAGCUAUUUUCUGGCUCGUCAGAAGUAAGCAUUGAACCUGAUGGUGUGUUUGCAUUUAGACGCAGGUCUGGCUGCCACUAUCAAUCCGUGUGUGGAGAGCAGGAUUCAUGGCCAUGGUCGGAUCCUGUUGAGGCUGGUUUGGGAGAUGCUCGCUACCAUUACUCUCUCACCACACUCACCUUACCUCAUCGAUGUGUGGGUUUAGCACGACGAAGAGUUGGAAGAGGGGGCAGGAUUCUCUUGUACCGGGCUUAUUGUGACAGGAACGCUGUGUAUCAUGAGUUGGGCUUAGGUUGUCCCAUCCCCUCAUUUAUCCACCAGUCUGUUAGUACCAGUUGUCAUACCAUUAUCCGGACCUCUGCCUCGGUUCCUUCCUUCUCCUACUCUUCUACAUACUCAUCAGACCUCUCACAAGUCCUCCAUAAUAUUAAGACCUGUCGCUGGAGGCGUUUCAAAGCUUGGACAGCCCUGACCCAUGACCUCAAUAACCUCCGACCCUGCUCAGCACAGAAGCGGAGCUGUGGCCCCAAUGGUCCAGCCAGAAAUCAAGCCAACAUCAGACCAGCUGUUCCUCCAGCCACACCUGUGUUUACAGCUGAGCAGUAUCAUGACCAUCAGGAGCAACUAGCCUUGAUGAAAAGAGAGCAGCUGGAGCAGGUACAUCAACAGUACCGAGUCAAUGCCAGGACACCGGCGAGUACCUUAGACUCUUUAAGUGCACAGUUUGCUGCCUCUGCACUGGUGACUUCGGAACAGCUGAUGGCAAUGAAGUGUAAAGAGGAAGGUAUUCUGGGUGUUGGAAUCAAAGGAGUUAUAUCAGCUUCAGACGAUUUAGAAAUCUUUUGUACUACAACUUCCUCAUCUAAUCACCAUGUUGGCACAGUCAGCCCUGCCCCUGCACAGAUGCUGUUAGCUGGGGCAAUAAAAGUGGGUGUGCCAUCACCAGGUGCAGCAUUAAGUGUACGGCAUCUUCAGCGUAAGCUCACAGUUCCAUCUUCUGACCUAAAAUUGGCUGCGAAUGUCAGCAGGCAGCUCCCUAAAGUCACGACAGGCUCCACUUCACUUGAAAUGGGCACUAGGGAAAAUCACAAUCAAGUGAAGCCAACAUUGAACAGUAUAACAGAAAACACUGUAGCAAUGGAGGUUACGUAGCCCUACCCCUCUUUUUUCAUCUCCCCAAGAUUUGGGUAUCCAAGCUACAGUAGUUGCUGUGCAUCAGUGAGAGUGUGUCUACAGCAGCUGUUGGGACUAUACUGCAGUGGUUGCCACUUACUGUACUGUUUUGUUAGUCAUCUGUAAAUUCUGAAAUAAGAAUUUAUUCUAUGUACACAUUUGUUAUAUGGCCCUUUGUACAUAACGUUUACUUGAAUACAAAAAUUGUUCAGUUAUGUUUUGCACUUUUGGGUGAGGUGGGGGGUGGGGCGACCUCUCGGAGUGAAUGGUGGUGUCUAUGUUCAUGUGGUGAUGUGAGAUCAGAUGUAAACCUGGUGUUGUACAGUCUCUAUUUAUUGUGAGGUGUUUACAGGACUGUCUGUGUGUCUAACCAUAUUAUGUGGUAGUUUUCUUUUCUGUUUGUUCUGUUCCCUUCUUCUACCAUCCACCCAUUUCAUGGUCAUUUUUGUGAAAGAUUGAUUGCUUGCAUGUAGACAAACACAUACAUAGAUUCAUUGUCUGCUUUAAUAAGAAUACCUGUACACAUGCUCAUUUAUAUAUCUAAUCAGCCAAGCUUGUGAGGGCAAGAGCUUCAGUCCAGGUUACUGUAACUAUGUGAAUAGGGAAAAGGAGGAUCUUUGUGACUAUAACCAUGGCAUGAUUCUAAAUUUGCUGGAGUAUUUCUGAAAAAAAUAUGUCCUAGUUUUACACACAGCAGCUGCUAGUGUCAAGUCAAGAAGCAUUUAUUGUCAUUUGAAAUAAGACAACGUUUCUCCAGGACCAUGGUGCUACAUAAAACAAAGUCAGAACUAAGGACUUAGUAAGUGGUCCUAGCCACAUAAAGUGCAUCUGUGCAAGUGUUUACACAGAAAGGUACGAAAAAUAAAAAACAUUUAGAGAGUGUCAGUUCUGUGGGUGAAAAAAGUCUUGUUCUUCAGAUGAGAGAUAAAAGAAAAUGUCUGAUCUAAGCUCAAAGGAAGCUGCUAGUAAUAUUGUGGAUUCAAAAAGCAUUUUAGCCUGUACAAAACCAUGAGGUAGAUAAACAGCCAAAGAUAACAUUGGGUUCCAUUCCUAUCAACCAAGAACAACGAUUUGUCAUUUUCAAGGGCACAGACUCACCCAAACUGUACAGUUCAAGAUUAAGGUGAAUGAAAUAAGUGAGCCUAUUCAAAUAAUAGCCUCAGAUUCUUGUUAUAAUAUUAAUUAUUAUGAUUAUUAUGAUGAUUAUUAUUAGUUUGUUUGUUUUUUUGUUCAUCAUAAUGAUGGCUGAAACUGGCACUGCUUGCCUCACUGUCACUGGCAGUUACAGCUCUUAAGCUUUUUUAUUUUGAGAGUUAACACAAUAACAAAUUACAAAUGCAUCAACUCUAGUCCAAUCUUUAGUUCUGUCUGCUUACUUGUAAGUAAAAUAAUGAAGGAAUCGAUAACACCUAGCCAGGGAACAGCUGAGCAGCUUGUCAGACAGACUUUGGACCCUUAAAAAGAUAGGAUCAUAUAUAAAGUGUUGUAAUUCCUAUAUUGUUCUGAAAGUCUGCAUUUUCAUUAUUUAAUUAAUCUUUAAUAUCUGUGGUAAAUAGCAAAAAAUAAAUAACUAUGAGCCUGUUUGUAUAUGUAUAUCGCAAUGAUGUUUUACCCUCCUUAUUAUUUUUUAACGGGAAAAGGGGGGAGACAGUCAACAGUAGGAUCUCUGUAUGCAUCUUCAUUCCACUCUGUAUAAGAAAGCAAAUAAGAGAAAUGAGCAAAAGUUUGAAUGAAAAAUAAUUUUCUUUUUUAACUCUAAAAAUUAUUCCUUUGGAAAAUGCGUAAGCUCUCUUCAGUGAAGAGGACAAUAAUUCACAAGACUAUUUGUAAUUAUGUAUGUAUUGUACAUCAAUCUGAAUGCCUAUUGCAAAGGAGUAAUCAGUCCAAAAGUAUAUAAAGUAUGCAUGUAUUUAAAAUUGUCUUGGUCAUUUGUCACAUGUACCACAUAGAUUAUUUAAUAACUUAAUGCCUUGGCUUUAUUGAACAUUUUUUCUCAAUAUUAAGUGUUUGACCAGCACAGAGAGUCUCUCAGUCAUUUGUGUGCACAUAGCUUAAUUGCUCUAAGGUGUGUUUUCCAUUUUAUUACACAAUAAAAAGAGUUGUAAAAGUGGCUAUAUAACUGGGUUACUUGG